UUUGGACAUCAAUUAUGAACUUUGUCAAAAGAAACCACAUUUGUAGUGGACCUGGGAUUUCUAGAAGUGCCAAUGGAUGAAGAUAAUCAAAGGCUAUGGAGACAGGCUCCUGGAUCUCCUCUUCAACAAGAUCACCCUUGAUCCAGCGCCGUAUGUGAGGAAGCUGUGCGAGCUGUCCAUCCCAGGACCCAUCUGCCCAGUGUGAGAGGCCUGACAAGGAGGAGGCCAUGGCUGGAUUUGUCUCCCGCUUCAAUCUUGGGGGUGACUGAAGCCUGAUUGAUUGAAGUGGGGUACAUGGGUCCUCCACCUCUCCCGCUGCCCUCCCCUCCCCAUCAAUCUCUGUAGUUAUUUGCAUUUCCUAAAGCAUAACUUAUUCACUUUUAGGUGAUAUCACAUUACUUUGUAUUGUUUUUUCAAGCAUUCGGACAGGAGAUGAGUGUAAGAAAAUGUGUACGAGUCAAUGGGUUCCUGCACACUGUUUGUCAGUUGUCUCACCAUUAUUUUUCACCUUUAUUUCUCAUGAGUGUUCAUGUUGCUCAAUAUAUCAGCUAUGCUGGCCAAUUGUAAAUUAUCAAAUAAUUGUCUGAUCAAUACAUACAAUUCUGAACACAUUGUCAUUGAUAAUGCUAAUGCAGGGGCAGCAAUAUAUUGUCCAGUACACUUAUUGUAUGCUGUUUUCAUGUACAUUCUCUUAUGUCUAAGCUUCUAAGGUGACUCAGGCUUUACUAAUUAUUGUGAAGUGUAUAAGUGAUAUGUAUUCUGUAAUUAGUUACAAAACAAUAGAUAUGCAAUUGUGUAUUGCUGCUGUUUGUCUGAUGUCCAUGACAUGAUCAGCUCUGUUGACCAUGAGAGCAUUUUGCGGAGAAUAUGGGUUGCGGGCGCAUACUUACAUGUCUAAAGAUUACUUUUCAACAUUGCCUGCUCCCAAGCGUUCUCAAUACAUAGAAAAAAGUAAUAUUGUUGGGCGUCCCUCAUGACAGCACACAAGUUAGCCAUGUGAGUGCUAGCUAGCUACCUGGGUAGGUAUUUUAAAAUCAUAAUUUAACAAUUCCAAAUGUUGUGUAUAUUUUGUUGUAACUUGUAGAGAUAGAAGCAGUCUACUAAACAGAACUCGGACAGAUGAAUAUUUACCUUACUGAGGUGAUUCUAUUCUUUUCUACUCUAUUUUUGCUAACUCGCUGCUCUUUCUGAACAAGUUUGCUCUCAGCUUGAAAGACACUGAUCAUAUGAGAUUUGAUGCGUAACGUAAAAACAGUACCGUUAUUCAAACCACACCCUUUGCGCUAUGACGCCACCCAAUAAGAUCAUUUCUCUUCAGUUUAAACGGAAGUGAACAGUGACUAACAACCAUUUCCACGUUAGCGUUUUUAUUAAGACGUUUAUUAAAACCGUGGAACUCGUGACAUUUAAAUGAACAGCAUCACAUACUUUUCCCAGGUAGUGUUCAAUUCUCGUUGGAGACAGGACUUGGUUGAUCGAUGUUACCUAGGUAAUGCUAGCUAGCUGCUAACAAUGGCUAACUGCAUGGUUUUUCACACUCAAAUAGCCUCCAUUAUGGAGGUGCUAGCGAAUGCAGCCGUGGCAGAGAUCUGUAAACUCGUAGACGACGACUAUGCAGUGUUUCGUUUGGAAAUAACUCAAAGCCGGAAAGAAAACAGCUCAUUGCGGAGGAAACUGCAGCUACUCGAUCUGAAAGUGGCACGGGAGCGCGCAGAAAGGACAAUGCGAGAGCGCGUCCUCGCCAGUCGUCCCAGUAGUGUCAAGAUCCUCAACCGAAACAGAGGAAUGGCUAGAGGUGAAGGACAUCUCACUGGAGGCCACAGGAGCUUUGUGAAGCCGGCGGGACACAAUACAUGGAGAGAUGACCAACCAAUCACUGUUGAUGAGGGGAGUGGAACCUCAACCCAGGAUGUUAUCGUGAUAGAGUCUGCAGAUGCAGAGGCUGCAGUUCCUGGGGUGAAGCUGGAGAGGUCUGAAGGAGAGGAGGACCCACAGCACAGCAGAGACAUCCAGACUGGAGUGGCCCAUGAAGCCACUGAGGACCCCACCACCGUCCCAGCGCCGCCCAGGACCCAACGCAGCAUCACGGAGGAGGAGGAGUGUCCACAGGUGCUGCUGGUAAAGGAGGAGGGUCUGAGGAACCCUGAGGGGACCAUGGUCAUGGAGGACAACCAGACUACACCUCCUCCUGAACCCACAGAGGAACCAGCUGAGCAUCACAGGACCACACACAGUCUCACUGAGGUGAGCCCACUGUGAACUACUGUCUGUAUG